CCCGCUGCGCCGCCGAGGCUCUCGCUGGGCGGGCGACCUUUGGCGGGCCAUGGACAACGGAGCGGUGUACGGUCCCACCACCGAGGCGGCCCCGGGCGCCGGCAGGGGCGCGCGCAGCGGCCUGGCCGCCUUCUUCUCCCUGGGCCGGCUGCCCUGGUCCCGGCGCGUCCUCAAAGUCUUGCAGCUGCUGCUGUCUCUGCUGGCCUUCAUCUGUGAAGAGGUUGUGUCCGAGUGCACAUUGUGUGGAGGCUUGUACUUCUUUGAAUUUGUGAGCUGUAGCGCUUUCCUCCUGAGCCUCCUCCUACUGAUCGUGUACUGCACACCCGUGCAUGACAGAGUGGACCCUGGAAAAGUCAAGGCAUCGGAUUUUUACAUCACUCUGGGAACAGGCUGUGUAUUUCUGUUGGCAUCUAUCAUUUUUGUUUCUACCCAUGCUGGGUCCUCAGCUGAAAUUGCUGCAAUUGUGUUUGGGUUUAUAGCAAGUCUGAUGUUCCUACUAGACUUUGUGGUGAUGCUGUGUGAGAAACGGCAGGAGAGCCAGCUGAGAAAGCCCGAGAACAACUCCAGAGCUGAAGCCCUCACUGAGCCUCUCAAUGCUUAGGCCGGGAGCAGGCGCUGUGGACCAGAGGAGUGGCUCCUUCCGUGGGACGUGGGACCUGUGUCGAGUGUGUACCUCGUCUGUUGGAGAGAAGGGGAGGGUCAGAGGGCGGCUUCUCAGUGCAGGGUGGCAGCCCUGCCAGUUAGCGCAGAGGGUUUUUAAUAACUGUGGGAACUUAUCUCAAAUGGAGGAGGUUUUGUUGUUGUUGUUUGUUUUUUAAAGAUGAGUUCUGUUGUCUUUGAAUUGUAUGUCUGUCAUUUGCUAUAGGCUACACCAGGCUUAGCUUCCAGACCGUUCAUUCUCUGUCCUUUCAGGAACCGUUUCAUUGUAAAAUCAUUUGCUUUGCUAUUAGUUUUUGGUGGUUAAAUUCUGUUCUGUUGCUGGAGAUUUAAUUGUGUUUAAGGUGUUGGUGUAGGCUUCUUCCCCUAAUACAUGGCCCUUGACUCUAUCUCACUCAGCCUUACACUUAUGUGCUAACCCUCAAGGGCAGGCAUUCUUUGUGACCCAUGCAUUGCCUAACAGAAAGUGCAUGGGCUGGUGGUGUUUGUGUGCAUAAAAGCAACAGUGUCGGCCGCCUUGUGGUUUUACAUUGCACUCUGGUUGUCAGAUUAAGUUUAAAAGAAAAAACAAGAUUGUUAGGGAAUGCAGAAAGGUUGAAGAAACUGAUACUACAUCUAAAGACCAAAGGUAGAAUAGACUCUUUGUCUUCUACAGUGCACGUGAUUGCACAGGUAGGCCUUCACCACUUGGCGGAGAUGUGAAGGAUAGUGCUGUGUGCACACACGGAAACAGACGGUUGGUGGUGUGUGUGCUGUGUGCACACACGGAAACAGACGGUUGGUGGUGUGUGUGCUGUGUGCGCACACGGAAACAGACGGUGAUGGCGUUCGUCCUGUGCAUUGGGAAGUGGGUCUCCCUCCUUGCAGACAGUCAUUUCUGCUCUAGUGCACACAGCUCUGCAGGCUUCUCUUUAGAGUCCUGGUGGGCUUGCUCACCCUCCUGAGUUGGUUCCCUGCUUUCUGACUUUCCAGAUGGUCCCUGGGCCGCAUCACCAUCUUGGAAGGGAGCCUUCAGCCUUGCUUUCCCUUCUCUUCUCACUGUAGCUCGUGGUCGGCUUUCUCCAGGCUGAACAGACUGUUGUGCCCUCCUGGUCACCAAAAGCCUGAGGCAGGAAAGUCAGGUUCUUAUUCUCGAGGGCCUCUGCUUGAGUUUCUCUCCAGGGGAGGCGUCUUGAGGAAGUGGAUCCUAGAACCCCUGCUGGUGAAUGCUGUUGGUGCUGUCAGGAGUCUACAGACUGUUCCCCACAUUCUGGAAGGAUUGCUUGUGGCUGGAAGGCUACCUUAGAAUCACUGGGACACCUGUGUGCCCAAAGGGGACCUUUCUUAUCUUCCUUCUGGGGUUUGACUGAGGCCUUCUAUGCUCGAGUGGAGGUUUCCCGGGCUGGGGUUUCUCUCUGAAGACAUGGAUCAUGAGUCCAGGCCUUUCUGUAAAGUUCCCACUCCUUUUCAGUGUCUUGUCUGCCACUGUUCGUGGUAGAUGGUUCUGGUUCCCCGAGUGAGGCUAUCGUAGUUCUCAGAACUGGAUGAAUCUGGGCACACAACUUCUGCUGUUACUGACUCACAGCCUGAUCUGCUGGCAUCGGGUUACUUGCUUGGGAGAUCAUGAAACCAAUCAUGGAUGUUGCCUUACUGGGCAUGCCAUCUAAGAGAAGAGACCCUUGAAACCAAGAAUAGAAUAAUUCAAAAGGGACCGGUUUAUAGCAGACAAUUUUAGAAUUUUAUAUCAAGCUAGCUGUGCUAUAGUAACUGGGACUGUCAUCUAGACCUGUUGACAACAGCAAAUCAGGGCAACUUUAGUGUAACUGACUGUUAGUCAGCUGUCUGGUACUGUAACAAAAUACCUGAGGCAGUCAACUUAAAAAGAGGAAAGGUUGGAGCUGUAGAGAUGGCUCAGAGGUUUAGAGUGCUUCUUCCUUCUCUUCAGAGGACCAGUGCUGGCAGGAGAUGGCUCUCUAUUGCCUCAUACUGUAGCGCAAGGGGACCCAGUGUCCUUAGUCUCUCUGGCACCCAAACAUGCAUGGCGUACAUUCACAUAGACAUAAAGUAAAUCUUAAAGAAAAAAAAAAAAAAGAGGGUUUGUCUUGGCUUGCAGUUCUGUAAGCUUCAGCCCAUGGUCAGUCCUGUUCUGUUAGAUGGCCGCACAUCAUGGUGGGGGCUGGGUAGCGCAGGCUCAUCCUGUGCAUUCAGGAAACAAGGAAAGGGUGGAUGUGACUUGAGGUCCUGUGUCCCCUUUGGAGGGUAUGCUCCACCGACCUAAGCUCACACAAGGCCCCACCUCUCAAUAGUGCCACCCAGGCCUUGGGGACAAGUUGUCCCAACCGUGUACCUCUCUGCUAGUGUUUGGCUUGUUCAGGAUGGACGGACACACUCUGGCCUGGACAAGCAGCAACUUAGCAUCCAGUUGUUUACUGUGGGUUUGCUUUGUCCCACAGCUGAGGGCUCUCUCGGCUACUGCAUUCCUUCCCUUUAAGAUAGUUUGGUCACUCUUAGAACUUUCUCUUUGGGGGCACCUGUGACUGGUUGGCUUCUGCAUCCUCUGCGGGGAGAUGGGGUUAAAGACUGGCACCAAAUGAGCUCUAGAAGAGCUGGGACCAGAGACUGUCAACGCACAAAAGAUGUCCUUAGUAGCAGCUGUGGCGAAUUUGAUUAGCUGUAUUUUAUACAAAUUGUUUAGAAUGGUUUUUGAGACUUAGAAGGGAAAUAUACUUACAGCACAAGACUUUUAUAAUUACUAUACUUAAAUUAUGCUUUAUGUGGGGACUGGGAAAUGUAUUUUUACAUUGCUUAUAUCCAAUCACUUUUGUAUUUGUUGAUUUAAAGCCUGUGGGUCUUUUUUUUUUAAUCACUCUUAAUAUAACUUUUAUAAUCUUUUAAAAUAAACCCUCUUAAUUCCA